UGGAAACUGGCCGUCUGCCAGGUAAAUAUUCAACAGAGGAUGCUAGCUGUGCCCAUGUCGGACGCGACAAAAGGACAGCAACUCCUGAAUAAGUGGAGCAAAGAUGAAACCACAUGCUUUAUCGAGAACAUUAAGUUUUAGGUAUCCGACUGAGAGCCUGUAGCCAUGGACGGGCAUGUUGCCAAAAACAAUGAAAGCACUUUCCCCAGCUUCGUGGACCUGGAUGACUUUCUCAACAAGCACAACUCGAACUUCAUCUGGCUCCUCGUCGCCACCAUUCUGUCCUGUGGAUGGAUCAUCUAUUUAACUUAUUACAACUCCCGCAACAUUGGCCUCAUCCUCACCCUCAUCAUCAACAGACUCUACAAGGAUGGCUACAUUCAUAUUGGCUCUUUCUCCUUCUCUGUGCUGUCGGGAAAAGUCAUGUUCAGAGAUGUCUACUACAUCAACCAAGACAUGUCUAUCAGGAUACAGGAUGGCUUCCUCAUAUUUCGGUGGUGGAAAAUGUAUAACCCAAAACAGAAACAGCAUGACCCCAAGGCAGAGACCAGGCUUUACGUGACAGUUAACGGCUUUGAGUUUCACGUCUACAACCGCACUGACCUCUACGCCCGACUGCAGGAGACCUUCGGACUGGACCCCACACUCAUAACACCCAAAAAAGAUGAGGAGAGGGGACGGGAGGAUAGGAACAAGACCCUAGAGAGUGUGAACAUCAAAGCAGAAAGUCCAGACCACACAUCAUCUUGGCGCUCCCUUAUUCCUGUCAUCAAAGUUAAUAUCAGCACUGGUCGUUUGGCUUUUGGGAACCACUACCUCCCCCAAACUCUGUGUGUGAACUUUGAGGAUGCCUUUCUGACGUACGCCACCAAGCCUCCAUCCAGCCACCUGGACCAGUACAUGCACAUCGUCAAAGGCUCCCUGGAGAAUGUGCGCGUCAUGCUGGUUCCCAGUCCACGCUACCUUGGCAUGCAGAAUGAUGAACCUCCCAGACUGAUGGGUGAAGGCUUUGUGGUCAUGCAGUCCAACGAUGUUGACAUCUACUAUUACCAGGAUGAACCCGGUUUGGUGCCUGUGGAGCAGGAGGGUGGAGAGGAGGCAGAGACAUGCAGUCAGGGCGAUAAGCUUCAGGACCUGCCUCCAUGUUGGGGUCUAGAUAUUGUCUGUGGAAAAGGAACCGACUUCAACUACGGCCCCUGGGCAGAUCGUCAGAGGGACUGUCUGUGGAAGUUCUUCCUGCCGGCUGACUACCAGGACAUGAAAGUGACCGAGGUCGCUCAGCCGGGAAAACCCAGGCAGAUCCAGGCCUUCGAGCUCCGCAUGAACAUCAUCGCUGACGCCACCAUCGAUCUGCUCUUUACCAAAAACAGGGAAACCAAUGCCAUCCAUGUGAAUGUAGGUGCAGGCUCCUACCUGGAAGUCAACAUCCCCAUGACUGUGGGAGAGAAUGGCUAUUCUCCUACCAUCAAAGGCCAGCUGCUUCACGUGGACACCACCAGCAGUAUGCAGUACAGGACUCUUCUGGAGGCUGAGAUGCUGGCUUUUCACGUCAUAGCCAGCUACCCUCGGGUGUGGAACAUGCCUCAGUCGUGGCAGUGUGAGAUUGAGGUGUACAAGGCCACCUACCACUUCAUCUACGCCCAGAAAAACUUCUUCACCGAUUUGAUCCAGGACUGGGCAAGUGACAGUGCCCCAGACAUCUACUCCUUUGUGCCCUAUUCCUGGAAGUUCAAGGUCCUUUUCCACCAGUUUGAGAUGAUCUGGGCGGCAAACCAACACAACUGGAUCGACUGUUCCACCAAGCAGCAGGAGAAUGUGUACCUGGCAGCAUGUGGCGAGACGCUCAACAUAGAGUUCACUUUGCCUUUCAAUGAGUUUGUUCCCACCACCUGCCAUACCCGCUUCAGCUUAAAGGCAGAGGACACAGACAUGCGACUGUCCCUGCCAGAGUGCCACCCAAGCCGCUACCCCCUCCUUACCCUGGCCAAAGACUACCAGAAUGUCAAGCUGCCCCCAGACAUGUUCAUGCCAGGGGAGAACCAAGGUGCUCCCCCUCCCAAACCUACCAAGUCCCGCUGGAGAAACAUCACCCACGCAGAAGCUGGCUGGGUGGAUUGCUGGAGUGUGCCCAACUUCUUGCUCAUUAUCGACUACACCUGGCACCCCAUUUAUCCCCAGAAGGCUGAUGAGCAACUCAAACAGUCGCUGUCUGAGAUGGAGGAAUCCAUGCUGUCAGCUCUGCGUCCCCCAGAGCACGCCCCGGUGCACCACAAUGCCCCGCCACGCUACACCUCCACGUCAGCUUCAGCUGCCCACAGCCGGGUGCCCACUGACCCCUCAGAGCUCCCUCCUGACAGACUUCAUGUGGAGAUGGAAAUGUCCCCAGACUCGCAGAUCCUCCUCUAUGGGCCUUUGCUCCGAGCACUGAUCUCCAUCAAGGAAAACUAUUUUGGUGAGGACGACAUGUACACAGACUUUGAGGAGGCAGUGUCCAGCCCCGUGCUGUCCACCUCCACCUCCUCUGGCCUCGGCUGGUCUCCUCUGGGAAUGGAGGACAGCGAACAGAAGGAAGGCUCAAACAUCCAUCCCCUGGACCUGCGCCCGUGGGACAUCACCGUGCUCAUCAACCUCUACAAAGUCCACGGCCGACUGCCAAUGCACUGCAGCAGCGAGGGUCCCGAAGGUCCAUCAGGCUUCUUGGAGCGGCUGUGUUUUGAGAUGAAGAAGGGUUACAAGGAGACGAUGCUUCAGCUGCUCCUGUCUCCCAUUCACAUCUUCGUCAGUGACAACUACCAGCGUCCCACAGCUGACGGGGUGUUGAGGGACGGCCACCUGAGUCUGUCUGGCCUGCAGAUGAGGGCCCACGCCAUGUUCUCUGCUCAGGGCCUCCCUCUGGGAAGCGACACGCUGGAGUAUGCCUGGCUCAUCGACAUGCAGGCUGGGGGGCUCACUGGCAGGGUCACUGUGCCACAGGUGGCCAGUAUGAUCGAGUGGGGUGAGACUUUCCUUUUCCAUGGAGUGUCCCGAGAGUUCCAGCUUGAACAACCUAAGCCUUCUGUCAUCUGCCAGCAUGGUGUUGACCGUCGUAUCUGCGAUGCCAAGUUCAAACUCUGGUUCCUGUGGCCAGAGGAAGCUGGCAUUCGCAACAAGCGCAGCAGGAACCGCUGCGGCUGCCUUGGAGGCUGCAGGUUCUUCGGAGGUACCAACAUGGGCCUGGACUUCUUCAAGCUAGAAGAGCUGACGCCCUCCUCCUCGUCUGCCUUUUCCUCUUCCAGCACUGAGUCAGACAUGUCUUAUGGCCAGUCUCUGCUACAGCCAGCAGAGUGGAUCAUGACCAAGGAAACGCCCAAAGUGGAUGGGAGAGUAGUAGGACUGAAAACGGACACACACUCACCCUGCCUGCCUCCUGAGCUGCCUGAGAGGCGUGGUCAGCAGUACCUCAGUCUCCAGGUGCCCCAGCGCUCCCACAGCUCAGCCUCUUCCUCUGAAGAAAAUAGCUCCUCUAGUGCUGCGUUGCCCCUGCUGGCCGGAGAGAGGGACACUCCCUCGCCAAGCACAGAGGAACGUAUGUUCCCCGUGAACGGCAAAAGCCCUGCUGACACCCUUGGAGAGGUCCCAGAGGUCUCACCAGUCUCACCCAACAGCUCCCAGGACCGCUCCUCAGUGCGCUCACCCCUCUGCUCUCCUCUCAAGCGCCAGUCCUCUGUCCACUCAGGCCGACUGGGCAGCACCAAGAGCCUGUCAGCCGCCGUCUUCACCGACAAGCCUCCACCAGUUCUGUCCGGAGGCGUCCAGUUCAGCAGCGAGGUUUCCCGCAGCGACGAGAACGUGCUGGACUCGCCACGUCAGCGCAGGAGCUACGGCUCAUUCCCCUUCACGCCUUCAGCGGACUCCAACACUUUCCAUCAGUACCGCUCCGCAGACUCCAGCAUGUCCGUGGCUGACAGCGAGGCCUACUUCUCCGCUGCUGAGGACUUUGAGCCAAUAAGCAGCGCCGACGAGGGUCCAGGGACGUACCCAGGUCGCAAGAAGAAGAGGAGGCAGCAGAUGCAGCAGCCGCAGCAGCCCCCGUAUCACAUGGAGAAUUACAGCCGGAGCUCCAUCUACCACAGUGUUGAGGGACCCCUCACCUACGUUCUCAAUGGGGAGCUGAUCACUGAGCCACGUCCUCUGCCCAUGCCACCAAUGCUGCCCCCGCUGCCGCCCCAGCCCCUGCCCAGCCACACAUCCCAGGCCUCCUUCGUCUCUGCACUGGCCAUGGAGGAGGAGAGCUCUGUGGAAGCGGAGAAGACGGCUGAACCUGGUCCUGUAACCCGCCAGCCCCACGUCAUGGCGUGUUAUCAGAGCUACCUAGCCCACUACCAGGUCUCAAACUGGUCUGUCAAGCAGCCCACCAAUAAGAGGACCUCCAAGUCUUCUCUGCAUCGCCCCUUAGAUUUGGAUACACCCACCAGUGAGGAGAGCUCCGCCUCCUUUGACCAGCUCUCUGUUCCAAGCUUCAAGGUGAUAAAGCAGGGCCUCUCGGCCAGCUCUCUACUGGACAGAGGACUUCAGCUGAUGGGAGAGAACAACAGUACACCAUAUACCCCUCUGGAUAAGAGAGCCAUGGAGAACACAGAUGAGGACACAACGACUGAUGACUGGACUCUGGAACAGCCCUUAGCUCAGACCAGGACCACUGCCAUUGUGGAGGUGAAGGGAGCCAUCAAUGUGGUGCUCACGCCCCUUGUGGCUGAAUCCCUCGACAGAUAUAUUGAAUCCAUGGUCCACUUUGCCAGUAUCCGUCAUCCUGCAGCCAUCCUAGAUGACCUGCAUGGGAAAGUCCUCAAUGAAGCCUAUCAGAUCAGCAAGUCCACAGUCACCGAGUCGAGUCAAACCGGCAAGCAGGAGCACAAGCUGUCCAAGACAGAGGGCACGACCCCCGGCUCCCUCAACAUCACCCAUGGCCAGACAGACCUGUCCAUCAAACCAGAUAAUGUGAAAAUCAAGGGCCUCCAAGCCAACGUCUCCAUCCCCAAGGUGAACCUUUGCCUCCUGCAGGCUUCUGUAGAGGAGGGGUCACCGUCAUGCUCCAGCAAGUGUGUCACACAUGUGUCUCUGGUGGCGCUGUGCUUCGACAGGAUUGCCACCCAGUUCAGAAUGAACAGGGGUAUAGUGGAGGAGACACCAAACACCACAGAACAUGGCCGACCAUCAGUCAUGCUGGAGAAGUACGCCUCAGCCACCAAAAUGCAGCCUCAGUCUUCUGGCUCACUGCGUUCCAACGCUGGCAUCGAGAAAGGCAAAGAGAUCGCCGCCAGGCUCAACAUCCACCGUAUCCACAGCCAGCUGCGAGGCCUCGACUCCACAGACAUUGGCACAUGUGCCAUCACAGCAAUCCCUUUUGAGAAGUCCAAAGUGCUGUUUGGCCUGGAGGAAAUGGAGGAGUUUUCAAUGGUGGAUGAAACCGAUGCCCAGGCCACUGCAGGCGAUCUUGGCCGUGCAGCGUCAUCUCUUGAGAAAUGGGGCUGGAUCAUGUUUGAAUGUGGCAUCGAGAACCUCACAGUCAAAGGGGGCCGACAGUCAGGAGCCAUCCUGUACAAUUCUUUUGGUGUGAUGGGACGCUCAGACACCGGAGGGAAGACGGGUAUGUCUAAGUCCAACGGUUCAACAGGCUCUCAGACGGGCAGCGGCUACAGCACCGACGUCUCUGAUGACAACCUGCCGCAUGACGCCAUCAGCCCCGCCUCUGAUGUCAAUGAACACUCUGACUCAGACGACCAGGAUGAAGGAGUGGAGUCAGACGACCUGAAGAAAGACCUCCCCCUCAUGCCCCCACCACCAGACUCCAGCAGCAUGAAGCUCACCAUCAGGGAGAUCUGGUUCAGUUUUGCUGCUCCCACUAAUGUGCGGUCACCUUCACAGGCCAUCUCCAGGCAGUUGAAUCUGCUCAGCACAGCCACACCUGCCAUUGGAGCCUGGUUGGUUCCCAUCGACCAGCUCAAGUCUUCUCUACGCAAACUGGACAUGGAGGGCACGCUGCGAGUGUGUGCUGUUAUGGGCUGCAUCAUGACCGAAGCUCUUGAGAAAAAGAGCAUCCACAUUCCCAUUCGGAGCAAGUACAACCGUGUGACUAAACGAGCUCGCUACCUGUAUGAGAAUCCUUCCUGUAUGCUCUGUAACAUCCUUCACCGCUACCUGCAGCAGGCUGACUACUCUGUCAUUGAGGAGGCUACCAUGAAUGACGGGGUUCCAGCCCUUGUGACUCUCAAGAAGGGUCUUGUCGCUUUGGCCAGACAAUGGAUGAAAUUUAUAGUGGUAACUCAGGGCUUCAAAGCCAUUGGUCUGAUGAGGCCCAACCAGCUUGCCAAACCCAAGGAGCCUCAGCAGAGCCUGGGUGAGGCCAUCUUAGGCCUGGACAACGGUGCUGCACUGCAGAGCGACACCAGCGCCGAUGGAGCUGAAUUUGAAUUUGACGCAGCCACAGUGAGUGAACACACCAUGCUGCUGGAGGGAGCAUGCAGUCGCCCCCCACCAAAAGAAGCAAACUCUGGUCCUGUGAGCGGAGUGGAGAUCAUGAGGAAACUGUCCAAGUCCCACACACACAACGAGUCUGCACUCAGGAUAAAGGGCUCUCAUCCGUACCAGUCUCUGAGCUACACCAGCGGUGACACAGCAGCUGACUCACCCGCCCACGUGAGUCGUGCAGGCCUGCCAGCUAAGGACAGCCCCAGGAAGGAGAGUCUCCUGAGUAAUCUGACAGGCAGCUUUCGGAGUCUGCACAACCUCCUGGAGGGCAUGCCCCAGAGGAGCGAGCCGUCUGCUGCUGCUGCUGCAGCCAAGAGCAGCUCCCUCACUCGCACAGGAAACAGUGUAGGGACAGACAUGCUGACCGAGCACCCGCUGCUGUCGGAGCCGUCCUCCGUCAGCUUUUACAACUGGAUGUCCAAUGCUGUGGGUAACAGGACUGGGGCUGUAACCCAGGACUCACCGGUUAACCGCUCCCAGCACAACAGCCUGCAGACAGGUGGGACAUGCAACCUGCCCACAAUCCCCUCAGCAUCAGACUUCAACACAGUGCUGUCCAGCGACCAGAACACCCUGGAUGGGACCCACUCCCAGCACUCCCAGCACAGCACCAGCCAGGACGACAUGGCUGAUAUUGAGGAGGGGAACCAGUGUCCAGCUGCUGUUCAGCUGGCCGAUGCUCAGGUUGUUUUCAAGCCUUUGCUGAGCUACACAGGCAUCCAGGCCCAAGACGCCACUCCUCUUAGCUACAAGAUGUAUUUUGGAGAGCACCUGUCUUUCUCUGGCAACCUCGAGUGUCUCAGAGCAGACAUCGUUGACUCUGACACCUCCAAAGAUCGGAAAAACAAAAGGUCCAGGAGACAAGGUAUGGUAAACCUCCCUCCGCUGGAGUUCAAGCCAGCACUGCUGAUUGAGACAUUCAGCCUGAAUGCUGUGGUGAUGGAGAAGUCGACCAGCGCUCCACAGGGCCCCACCGCAGCACCGCUCUCCUUCCACGACCUCAACCGCCGCCACUACAACACAUUCCACUGUGAUUUUACCACAGCCUGUCAGGCCAUCAGCCAGCGUGUUGACAUGGCCCUGGUACGCCUUAUCCACCAGUUCAGCACCAUGAUCGACGACAUCAAGGCCACGCAGACUGAUAUCAAGCUGAGCCGCUACACCGCCGGCUCGGCCUCCCCAACGCCCACCUUCAAGGCCCGGCCAUACCGCCACUUCAGGUCCUCUGACUUCAGCCGCAGCUCCAGAGGCAGCCUUAAUGGCGCGGGGCGCAGCGGAACCCAAACCCUGAAGAGCAAGAGAGGGGUGGGUGGAGGAGGAGCAGGCGGAGGAGGAUCGGGCGUUACUGGGGGUUUACCACCUAAUGGGCCUCCAUCAGGCAUGGACACGCUGGGGAGAAGGGAGCCUCGUGGACGCAGCUCCCUGGGACGUUCAGAGCGACGCACCUCUAAGGUGUCACGGAAGGGCUCCCGUGACGUGGCAGACCACAUGGCCAUCCAGAUGGACGACUCCGACUCCAUCACGGUGUCAGAGCAGAGCGAGCCGUCAGCAGAAUGUUGGCAGAACAUGUACAAGCUGCUCAACUUCUACUCCCUCAUCUCCGAUCCCACUGGCAUCCUGGAGAAAAGCUCCCCAGAGAAUUGCCUUUCAGAAGGUGGACGUCGGCCCUCAGAGCCGCUCUGUAAAGUGAUCUUUGAGAACGAGCAGCAGGAACCCACCACCCCUAACAAGCCCCCUGGGGCAGGCGGGCGGCGGCGUAGCUUGGUGAGCUCUGAGCCACAGCACGUCACACUCAUAGUGUUCGGCAUCGGUAUGGUGAACCGUACCCAUCUGGAGGCUGACAUUGGUGGGCUGACCAUGGAGGCUGAGCUGAAGAAGAUCCAUGGAAGUUUCACCCUGAAGGAGAAGAUGAAAGAUAUCCUGCACCAGAAAAUGACUGAGACGUGUGCAUCGGCUCACAUAGGAGGGGUAAACAUUGUCCUACUGGAGGGCAUAACUCCUAACAUCCAACUGGAGGAUUUCCCAACAUCUCCCACCAGCACAGCUAAACAAGAGUUUCUAACGGUGGUCAAAUGCAACAUUGCCAAGUCUCAGGCAUUGUACAGCGCCCAGCGAGGACUGAAGACCAACAACGCAGCCGUCUUCAAAGUGGGGGCCAUCAUGAUCAACAUUCCCCAGCACCCGGCUACUUUGCACAGCAUGAUGGUCCGCAGCUCCCACCAGCUCUCCAAACAAAUCUCUGACCUCAUCCGCCAGCCCUCCAAUGUUCAACCUCCUAAUAGAGAGGACACGCCUACCCCGCAGCCUUCUGACAAAGCAUCCAGCAUCAAUCAGACCCCCGUUGAAGCCAACGAGUUCCCUCAGCUCCCCGAAGGCCUUGAGAAGAAGCCCAUUGUCCUCAAGUUUAGCGCCAUGAUGGAUGGCAUCACCAUCGGGGCUGCCCUGCUGCCCUCACUGAAAGCAGAGUACAAAAUGGGUCCCAUGAAGAGCCAUGGCAUGACAGGUGCACAAACCAGUUUCACUUUCGAGUUGCCAAACCACAAGCUUUGCUUCCAGUCAAAAGUGUCCCCAGUGGACAUGUCCACCAUGCCACCAUCAGCCAGCCUCACCCUGCCUCCAGUCACCAUGUCAGGAGAGUACAUCAUGGAAGAACACGAGAGCCACUCAGACCAGGGCUGGGCGCCCGACGACUUCCCAGCAAAGCAAGGAAACUACCUCCAAGGCAACUACCUGCGCUGUGUCGCCGAGAUUGGUUCAUUUGAGCACAACCUGACCACAGACCUGCUCAACCACCUGGUCUUCCUGCAAAAGGUUUUCAUGAAGGAGGUCAACGAGGUUAUUCAGAAGGUUUCAGGAGGAGAACAACCCAUCCCACUGUGGAAUGAGCAUGACACCUCAACAGAUGCAGACAAGCCAAAAAUCCUGUUGUAUUCUCUCAGCCUCAUGUUCAAGGGAAUCCAGAUGACCGCCACCACUCCUUCCAUGCGAGCUGUGCGCUUUGAGACAGGCCUUAUCGAGCUGGAGCUGUCCAACAGGAUCCAGUGCAAGGCUCAGCCGGGUGGCAGCAGCAGUUACCUUAAACUGUUUGGCAAAUGUCAAGUAGAUCUCAACUUGGCUCUUGGACAGAUAGUCAAACACCAGGUGUAUGAAGAAGCUGGCUCAGACUUCCACCAGGUUGCGUACUUCCGAACUCGGAUCGGCCUGCGGAAUGCUCUGCAGGAGGAGAUCAGUGGCUCCUCAGACAAGGAAGCCGUCCUCAUCACACUCAACAGGCCAAUCGUUUUCGCCCAGCCAGUGGCCUUUGACAGAGCUGUACUUUUCUGGCUGAAUUACAAGGCAGCGUACGACAACUGGAACGAGCAGCGCCUGGCCCUUAACAAGGACAUCCACGUGGCAACUAAAGAGGUGGUGGAGAAGCUGCCAGGCAUCCAGCAGACCUCCGCCCAGGCCUUCAGCACCCUCUUCCUGCAACUGACCGUCAACGACCUGGGCAUCUGCCUACCCAUCACCAACACAUCCCAGGCCAACCACAGCAUAGAUUUUGACACCGGCUCAGCUAUGGUCCUGACCAUUGAGAGCACACUGAUCACCGCCUGCUCCUCAGAGUCCCUUGUAAGCAAAGGCCACUUCAAGAAUUUCUGCAUCCGCUUUGCUGAGGGCUUCGAGACCUCCUGGGACGACUGGAAGCCUGAAAUCCGAGGGGAUAUGGUCAUGAAUGCUUGUGUAGUCCCUGAUGGUACAUAUGAAGUAUGCUCCAGGACUACAGGGCAACCCUCUGCAGAGAGCAGCAGUGCCGGUACCUGGACCCUGAAUGUGCUGUGGAAAAUGUGUGGUAUCGAUGUUCACAUGGAUCCCAACAUCGGUAAGCGCCUUAACGCCCUGGGUAACACGCUGACGUCACUGACGGGCGAGGAGGACGUAGACGACAUCGCUGACCUGAACUCCGUCAACAUGGCGGACCUUUCAGAUGAGGACGAAGCCGACUCCAUGUCACCCACCAUCCACAUGGAGACCAUUGACCUCAGAAGGCAGAUGGCGAUGGGGAACCAAGUAAUUGACGCUCGUGGGAGGAAGUUCACCAAGAGGGUGGUGGACAUCAGAGAGCUGAACGAACAGGCCAAGGUCAUCGAUGACCUCAAGAAAUUGGGGGCCAGUGAGGGCACCAUCAACCAGGAGAUCCAGCGCUAUCAGCAGCUGGAGUCUGUGGCUGUCAACGACAUCAGGAGAGACGUCAGAAAGAAACUACGUCGCUCCAGCAUGAGGGCGGCCUCUCUGAAGGAUAAGUGGGGUCUUGGCUACAAACCAAGCUACAAUCGCUCCAAAAGCAUCUCAGCGGCAGCAGGCCGACCGCCUCUGAAAAGGAUGGACAGACAGAGUUCCAGGAUAGGGGAUGUGGAUGAUCUACCAGACAUGCGUGUGGAUGCCUCCUCUCCUGGGCCCCGUGUCACCUUCAACAUCCAGGACACGUUUCCUGAGGAGACAGAGGUGGACCUGUUGUCAGUCACCAUUGAUGAGCCAUCCCAUCCUCAUCAUCACCAUCAUCUUCAUUCUCCAUCCGUUAUGGAGGGCCAGCACUCAGUUUUCAGUACCCCUGGCACCCCUGCUGUCUUCUCACCCACAAUUCCCUUCCAGCACGACGACAUAAGGCGCGACGACCUGUCCUCUUCCUCCUCCGAAGACUCAGAAAAGGAGGACGAGUUUGAACGGGAGAAGCCGCCAAGCUACCGGAGGCCUUUCCAAGCGUCGCACAGGAAGUCCUCAGGGUUUUCUGCUGUGAGUCAGCUGUUCAGCGAGCGCUGGCCUAGCACACCUGCCAACCGCAGCUUCGGUGGCCCAGCAACUGAAAGGAACAUUGACUUUGAGCUGGAUGUCCGUGUGGAGAUUGACAGCGGGAAGUGUGUCCUUCACCCCACCACUCAGCAACAAGAGCAUGAGGACAUUUCCCUCAGGAGGAGCUGUGAGCGCAGCCUCAGGAGCCUGGACCAGGAGUCUCCCCCCAAGAAGAAGAAGCUGCAGCCCACCUACACCUCCACAACCCACCUCCUAGCUGGCAAGAAAUGUCCCUCCUCCCUGCAGACCAAAUCCAACGACAUGGAGACCACAGUCUUCUACAUUCCAGGAGUAGACGUUAAGUUGCACUACAACUCCAAGACACUGAAGACAGAGUCGCCCAACGCCUCACGUGGAUCUUCUCUCCCUCGCACUCUCUCCAAAGAGUCGAAGCUGUAUGGUAUGAAAGAUAGCAGCCCUCCCAACCCUCCCAAUGCUGUCCAAAGCAAGACUAACUCGCUCCUACCUCCCCCGCCCCCACCUAUUCCAUCAGCCAAAGGCAAGGGAAGUGGUGGGGUAAAGACGGCCAAGCUGUACGCCUGGGUGGCCCUCCAGACUCUGCCAGAGGAAAUGGUCAUCAGCCCCUGUCUGCUGGACUUCCUGGAAAAAGCACUGGAGACCAUUCCAAUCACUCCAGUGGAAAGGAGUUACGCAGCCGUGGCGUCCCAGGAGGAGGACAUGGGUCAGUUUGAGACGGUGGAGCAGCUGGAGGAAUCCACCACCUCUCUGGUCUCCUCCUCCACAUCAGCCUACUCCUCUUUCCCUGUGGAUGUGGUCGUCUAUGUCAGAGUUCAGCCCUCUCAGAUCCGUUUCAGCUGCCUGCCGAUGUCCAGGGUGGAGUGUAUGCUCAAACUGCCCUCUUUAGACCUGGUCUUCUCCUCUAACCGUGGAGAGCUGGAGACCCCAACAGGAACCCAUCCCACUGACGGAUCUCACCCUCCCUCCUCCACUCCACCAGGACAGCAUAUCCCCAAACCCACUCCCAGCAAAGCAUCUCCGUUGCUGGGGAGCCCUCUGGGCAGGAGCCGCCACAGCAGCAGCCAGUCCGACCUCACCGGCCCCCCGAGUAACUCCUCAGGCCUCAGCUUCACUGCCUGCAUGUCUGACUUCUCCCUCUACGUCUUCCAUCCUUACGGCGCCGGAAAGCAGAAAUCUGCUGUCACAGGCCUGCCUCCGGGCCCAGGGCCAUUAGGUACCGUAGAUGAGGAGCCUUCUUCAGUAACUGGGAGGAAAGACUCUUUGAGUAUCAACCUGGAGUUUGUAAAGGUCAGCUUGUCCAGGAUGAGGCGGACCGGAGGGCCCACCUUCAUCGAAAGCUUCAUUCCUGCCAAAGGGGGCAAAAUGGACACCACCCUCAUCAAUAUCUCGGCUGUGUGUGACAUCGGCUCGGCUUCCUUCAAGUACGACAUGAGACGACUGAGUGAGAUCUUGGCCUUCCCGAGAGCCUGGUACCGUCGAAGUAUCGCCAGGCGCCUGUUCCUGGGAGACCAGACGAUCAACCUGCCAGCCUCUGGCCCCGCCACCCCUGACUCGGCCGAAAACAUCACCCAACAUCUGUCCCCCGAGUCCAGCCGGAAAGCCUACUGGAGGACGUGGGACGGCAGCACUGGGACACAGCACAUUCCUCAAUCCCCCAACGUCUUUUCAGAACACUCCACUGGAAGCAACAUGUCCCCGGGCGGCCUUGGCCACCUCAAGUCCCCUGCACCUGGACGCACCAGGAGCGUGUCUGAUUCCUCUGCUCCCAGGAGAGACUCGGUGACAAAAACAUCCACUCCUUCCUUCAGUAAAAAUGGUAAGGCAGCAGGUCAGCAGGGGGCGCCAUGGGAGACACUGGUUGUGUUCGCCAUCAACUUGAAACAGCUCACAGUCCAAAUGAACAUGAGCAACGUCAUGGGAAACAAUACCUGGACGACCAGUGGACUGAAGAGUCAGGGCCGCUUGUCUGUCGGCAGCAACAGAGACCGAGAGAUCAGCAUGUCUGUUGGCCUCGGCCGCUCCAAGCUCGACUCCAAGGGCGGGGUGGUGGGUGGCAAUAUAGACGUGAACACCCUGGAGAUGGUCUCCCACAUCUCAGAACACCCCAACCAGCAGCCCAGCCAUAAGAUCCAGAUCACCAUGGGGUCGACGGAGGCACGUGUGGACUACAUGGGCUCCAGCAUCCUGAUGGGAGUUUUCAGCAAUGCAGACCUGCAGCUGCAGGACGAAUGGAAGGUCAACCUGUGCACCGUUGACACCAGCCUGUCAGAGAAAAGUGAAAUCUUCGUCCAUGGAGACCUGCAGUGGGACAUUUUCCAGGUGAUCAUUUCACGCUCCACCACACCAGACCUCAUUAAGAUCGGCAUGAAGCUGCAGGAGUUUUUCACUCAGCAGUUCGACACCAGCAAGCGGGCCCUGUCCACCUGGGGCCCUGGUCCCUACCUGCCCCCCAAAACCCCUGUCAUCAACGCUGAGAAAGGAUCUGCAGAGCUCUACAUGGAUGCAGCCCAUCACCGCCACUGGCCCGGGGUGCUGAAGGUAAUCGCUGGCUGCCACAUCUCCCUCUUCCAGAUGCCUCUGCCGGAGGACGCUGUGCAGCUGGGCGGUUCAAUGAGCCUCCAUGGUAAUCACAUGACCCUGGCCUGCUUCCACGGGCCCAAUUUCCGCUCCAAGUCGUGGGCUCUGUUCCACCUGGAAGAGCCCAACAUUGCCUUCUGGACGGAGGCACAGAAGAUCUGGGAGGAUGGCUCCAAAGAUGAUUCUACCUACAUAGUUCAGACACUGGAUUUCCAUCUCGGUCAUAAUACUAUGGUAACCAAACCCUGUGGUGCACUCGAAAGUCCAAUGGCCACCAUAACCAAAAUAACCCGUCGGCGGCAUGAAAACCCUCCACAUGGAGUCGCCACAGUUAAAGAAUGGUUCAACUACGUCACUGCCAUGAGGAAUGAAGAGCUGAACUUGCUCAGGAACGUGGAGGCCAACAACCAAGAGAGCGGAGCGGCUGCCAAAAGCUCCAGUCUGCUGAGCAGCUUCCGCAGCUCCUCCGCCUACAACCACGAAACUGAGACCAUCUUUGCUCUUCCCAGAAUGCAACUGGACUUCAAGUCCAUCCACGUUCAAGAUCCAGAUGAACCUUCUCUAACAGACUCCAACAGUAAGCCCAAAGUGGAGUGCAGCGUGGUGACAGAAUUUACAGACCACAUCUGUGUCACCAUGGACGCCGAGCUCAUCAUGUUCCUUCACGACCUGGUGUCUGCCUACCUGAAGGAGAAGGAGAAAGCCCUUUUUGCCCCGCGGAUGUUCGCGGCGCGACCCGGCCAGAAGAGCCCCACGGCUGUGCAUGAUGAGAGCUCCUCAGACAGGGACAAGGACGACAGCAUCAACUACACCACGGUGGACUGGAGGGAGUUCAUGUGCAACACCUGGCACUUGGAGCCAACUCUCAGGCUCAUCUCCUGGACAGGCCGCAAGAUUGACCCAGUGGGUGUGGACUACAUCCUGCAGAAACUGGGCUUCCACCACGCCAGGACUACGAUUCCCAAGUGGCUGCAGAGGGGUGUGAUGGACCCGCUGGACAAGGUGCUGUCGGUGCUCAUCAAGAAGCUGGGCACGGCCCUGCAGGACGAGAAGGAGAAGAAAGGCAGGGACAAAGAGGAACAUUGAUACCACUGUAAUCAAAGCUGUGCAUUCUGUACGUUCUCACAGGUCACACACACUGGAUGACUGUAUUACCAUGGCCACUACUGUACAACACGUUUGUGAAGCGUUCCCAUUUUACCUGCUCCAGCCUGUGAAUUUUCAGCCUAGUUGUUUACUGUGGUGCAUGCCAUCAGCGGCUCUGACUGAAGCGUUUUGCACCCAUGUUGUUUUCUGUAUAUUUUGAACAAAGUAGCAAAUGUUAGUAUUAUUUGACUGCUUUAAUGGUGAAACCCUGCCUCUUUUACCUGUUGUAAAUGACCUUACUGAAAUCGCUUGAAAGUUUUAUUUAAAGGCUUACCAAUAUUUCAUGAGAAAUGAUUUCUUAUACCAUUGCCUUUUCUUUGUUUCCCAUGGAACACAUGGUAGAUAUGCGUUAUGUAUUUUAUAGUGUAGCUUAAAGAUAUUUAAGAACAGUUCGGUGACAGUGUUCUUGAUUUUAUUUUAAUUUUUCUUUUUGAUGUGAACAAAUGAAUACUGGGAGGUUACGGCACAUCAUGCACUCAGUCAUGAGGAUGACAUGAACUUGUGAUUAUCGUUUGAACCAAGAUCACUAUUUAUGGGUAUGUGAAAUGCAAAGUCUAUAACGUGUUAGCUUGGUGUGUCAGGCUUAUUUUUGUCCUUUUUUUAAAUCCAUACAGUAGAACCAGUGUAUAUAAUUAAAUUUCUUAAAUAUGUUGAUUUCCUAACUUAAUAAAAAUAUUGCCAUUCAAUUUUAGAUGAA